UAAUCAACUAGAAUCUAUCCAGCAUGUAAGGAGAAGGAAAGAAGGAAACAAGAGAAGCACUUAGAUUUGAAGCUUAACUUCACGUUAAGGAACAUCCUUGGAGUAGCAUUACGACAAAUAUACAGCCAGUUAAUGAUAUUCUUGAAAGAAACAGGCUUCCUAUCUCGGCUAAUCUCCUGAUCAACACUGCAGUUCAGUAGGUGGCGGUAAUGCGCCUGUAAGCUGGUUUACCAACCGCCAAUAAACCCUAAAAGAAGAAGAAACUCGAGACGAAGUGAGUCGGACUCGGUACCGCCUCUCUGACCCAAAUCAGCUCUGCAUACUGGCACUCUCCCCGAACCACAACCAGAAGUUUGGAAUGCCCAAUUCCCACUACUUACUAGGUCCUCGUGGUGUCGUGGUUACUCACCUCAAUCUGGAUGGCGGAGGACGAGUCUCAGUUGCCUCCGCUACAGAGACCAUCAAUCCGUGCAUCUUAUCACGUGACUUGCUGUGCAUGACACAGCGGAGACUCACAGCAUGUGGAGGCUCAUGCUACUCUCCGUGAUCCACGCACAACUUACCACGUGCCCCAUUGAGAGCGAGAAUCCCUAAUCGCAACCACGAGGAGGUUACUCCAUGUGACUCUACCCUCCCUAGCAACCGGGCCAAUUUGGUUGCUUAGGAGACCUGGCUGGAGUCACUCAGCACACCCUGGAUUCAAACUCACGACUCCAGGGGUGGUAGUCAGGGCUGAAAUGCUGUUGGUGGGUGUUUACUUGGAUAUAAUUUGAACUUCUGCUGACACGUCCGAUGCUUAGUUUCCUAUGGGGGUGAUUACUACUAUGGACCCAGAUUCGGCCCAGCAACAGCAGGCCCCGCCCCCACAGCAGGGCAGGUUGAGUAAAAGUGGACAUGCCCUACUGGGGGCCGGCCUUGGGGUGGGGCCUGGGGCUCGAGGAAAGCACUAUGUGUGCGGCUCAUUGGCUGCUUUCACCAACAUCAUCGUAACUUUUCCCAUUCAGAAAGUUCUCUUUCGCCAGCAGUUGCACGGAGUUCGCGCGACCGAGGCUGUCCGUCAGCUCCAAAGGGAGGGGUUACGAAACCUGUACCGCGGGCUUCUGCCUCCCCUUUUGCAGAAAACCACCACUGUGGCCAUCAUGUUCGGCCUGUACGAGGAUUUUUCCAGAUUGCUGUUGCGACAUGCUCGCAGUAGUGGCUCGCCCGAGCUUGUUACACGGAGCGUCGCUGCCGCAAUGGCCGGUAUUGCGGAAGCCGCUCUCACACCAUUCGAACGAGUGCAAACGCUCCUUCAGGACCACCGCCAUAACGGGCGUUUCCAUAACACUGCCCACACCUUCCGGACACUUCUGCGAGACUAUGGUGUUAAGGAGUGCUACCGUGGGCUGGUCCCGGUUUUGUUGCGUAAUGGGCCCAGUAAUGUUCUGUUUUUUGGACUUCGUGGGCCAAUUAAGCAACAGCUGCCUGUAGCUCAAACCCGGAUGGGUCACAUGGUCAAUGACUUUGUUUGUGGCGGGCUACUGGGGGCAGCACUGGGCAUCAUGUUCUACCCACUUAACGUAGUUAAAUCUCGAGCCCAGGCACAAGUAGGGGGCGAAUUUGUGCCCUGCGGUCAGGUGCUGAUGACCGUGUGGCGGGAAAGAGGGGGCAGCAUCAUUCUGUUGUUCCGCGGAGCCACGCUCAACUACCACCGAUCUCUGCUGUCAUGGGGCAUCAUCAAUGCAACUUAUGAGCUCUUUCUGAAAGUUUUCUGAGGGAGAGGAAGGGCAAUAGUGCCUAAAAGAUGCCUUUGAAUAGACUUUUUCCAAACCAAGCCAAAUGAAGUGUUCAUUUUUGACUAGCCAGCACUCUUUAAAGAGGUAUGGACACUGCCAGUUCCCCUUGUGCACUUCAGAGUAAAGAUCUGUAUAAAUGGUCAAUGGAACCCAUUCAUGUACCUAUGCCUAAAUAUAAAGUCCACCCAUAUUACUUGGCUACUAUAAGUGUUGUGAAAUGUAACGCCACCUAUAGUGGCUCUAGUAUAAUUUUUUUAUUCACUUUCUGGGGGGAGUUUGGGAGUCUGUGGUACACAGAUGGAAAAAGCAGUGUUGCACUACUAAAAUACAGUUUGUACUUUAUUGGAUAUGUGUAAAAAAUGUCAGUCCUUUUUUUAGAUCUGCAUUGUUUAAUAAUGAGAUGCACAAUCUUUGGACUGGAACAGGUCAUUUGCGUUUCUUGAGUGUUAAGUGCAGUUUGGCUGAUCAUUCAUAAAUGGGCAUUUGUGGACCACACAAAGAGAGAGAAGUCUUUUCAAGCCCAUGGUAUUGUUGUUAUAUAUUUUUCUGCCAAUCAGAAAUAUCCAGAUGUAUUCAUUUCAUAGAUGUGUGAACAUUUGUAUGAAAUGCUAUUUUAUGUAACAAGUGUCUUGUGACGAGUGUGAUGUUUUCAAAUCUUUGUGGGUGAAAAGAAAACAAGUAAUUCCUCUAAUUGCAUUCU